UCCAAGAAGAUGGCGACUAACGGGACGCUUCUCUUCCGCCGCCGCUCGGCGCGUUUCUUCCUCCUCGUCGCCGCUCUGAGCGCCUUGAACGAGGCGAGCGGCGCCGAGCAGGUGCCGCUGGUCCUGUGGACGAGCGGAGGCACCCCGCCCCCCCCUCAGGCUCCGCCCCCAGCCGGGCACAUCGUGGGGCAGCAGCAGCUCACCUCCUACCUGCAGACGGCUCUGAGCCAAGGCCCGAGGAACGUGGUGCUGUUCCUCCAGGACAAGAUGAGCAUCGAGGACUUCACCAUGUAUGGAGGAGUGUUUGGAAACAAGCAGGACACGGUCUUCCCCAACCUGGAGGGGGCGCUGAUGUCCUCGUCCUCCCCUCUGGUGUUACCCGCUGUGUCCUGGCCUGCCUCCAAUGCAGUGAUUGGCCAGCUGCAGGACCAGCUGGACACCUCCCCUCUGUACAUGGACCCCGAGAUGCUCGGCCAGCUGAGGCUCAACGCCUCCUCGCCCGCCCUGCUGGUGUUCCGCCUGCCGUACGGCGUCGGGGCGGAUCUGAUGUCUGCUCAAGAAGUUCUCCGUGGAAACGACGAGGUCAUCGGCCAAGUGAUGAGCGCCAUGAAGACGCAGGCCGUCCCGUACGCGGCCAUCUACACGGCGCUGAAGCCCUCCAGGGAGGCGGGUUCUCUCUCCGUGGAGGCGGGCUCUUUCUCCGUGGAGGCGGGCCUCGGCAGCGGACGCUCUCUGCUGCAGGCCAGAGGGGGAUAUCAGGAGAGGGAGCGGGAGACAGAGAGGCAGCGCAGGAUCAAGGAGAAGGCCGUCCCCUACGCACCUGUGGAGUUUAAGGAGGGCGAGGACACCUGCAUCCUCCUGUGGGCUAAAGGCCUGUCGGUCAGCAUCCUGCGGAGCGGUCGCUGGGAGGACCACGACCUGACCCCGUCGACCUUUGGGGAGGCCGUCAGCCCGAAGCUCCACGGCUCAAGCUGCGACAAAUCCAAAGCCAAGUUGGUUCUGAACUAUGAGAACGUCCUCGGCCACCGCAGCUUUAAAUUGAUCUUCUCCAUGAGUCAGCGUCUCUACAAGGUCUCGGCCCGCCGCUGGUUCACGCUGGACUCCGUGCAGCUGGAGUACGACGGCACCACGGCCAAGUUCAACGGCAGCCGCGGCGUCUACGCGCCGGCCGAGUACUCGUUCCGCUGCGAGUCCCUCAGCAGCUUCCGCUGGCCGCUGCUCGUCCCGCACGCCGCCACCGACCCGGCCAAUCAGUGGAGGCUCUCGUUUGACGACUUCCAGAUCCAGGGCUUCAACGUGACCGGCGGGGACUUCUCCUACGCCAGCGACUGCGCGGGCUUCUUCUCGCCCGGCAUCUGGAUGGGCCUGAUGACCAGCCUGCUGCUGCUGCUGGUGCUCACCUACGGCCUGCACAUGAUCAUGCAGCUGCACACCAUGGACCGCUUCGACGACCCCAAAGGGCCGGCCAUCUCCGUGCCCCAGACGGAGUGACCCCCCCAGGUCCUCCGUGCGGUCAUCGGUUUGUUGUUCAUCGUGAGUGUUGAAGCCCCAGCGGAACAUGUCUGUUCUCCAGAAGCUGCUGUCAUCAAUAUGGUUCCAUGAAGUCUGUAGUUAACGGGUCAGUGAACGCCCCUCUGGUGAGUCUCAAAGAGCCUAGAGGAGACGAGUCAGCGUCCUCACGAGGACACUCGUCCUCCUUCAGUCUUCACAUCAUUAAAGUAAAUCAGUGAAGAUUAUCUUCUCAACGUUUGUACUCAAAUCUAGUAAAACAUGUGGAGGCAACCAGUGCACGACCCACAUAUAUAUAUAUGUAUACACACACACAUAUAUAUAUAUAUAUAUAUAUUUAUUUAAUUCAGAUGCAUGAGGACACAAAGUGGAGCGCGCAGGAGGACGAAUGUUCCCCCUUGAAGUUUUAAAAGUUGUAGAAAAAAAAGUAACUUAAAUAUUUGUAAAUGUUAUUUAUUUGUGAAACUAGUGCGUCUGUGUUUCCAUUUGUGUCUGUGAAUAUACGAGUGAGAUGACAACAGAUACAUGUAUUAUAUAUAAUAUAUUAUAUAUAUAUACUGUAUAUAAUACAUGUAUUUUAUGAUAUAUAUAGGGUUGGCUCAGACCUCCUGUGGGAGGCCUCGUGGUGAGUGUUGUGCUUCUGUGACCCAAUAAAACAUCUGUGGAAGAUGAAA